UGUUUGGUGUGACUGUUUCUCGUUGUGAAUGUCACAGCUUCUUCCACAAAUUUUAGGAAUUUCUUUUAAAUUUAAGUGAUUACUCCGUCUAAUGUUUUCUAGUCAUCGGAACCUAAGGAAGAGGACACCUGCGGAGGGAAUAGAGCGACCGGAGUACAUCGCUCAUUUAGUGGAUGAGUAUUACACGACCACCAACGUAGAGGCGCAGGAACAGGUCACCGCCAAUUUGGCAAACUUUUCCUAUGACCCUAUUAACUGGCCUUAUUUACUUCAGGCCGAAGCCCUCGAUGUGUUUGCGGCAUCUCUAGAAUCAGCAAAUCCCCAUCUGAAACUGCAUGGAGUCGCAGCCUUGUGUAACAUUUGUUUGGACAAAUCAGCGGCGAAGUUUAUCAGGGAACAUCUCAAGCUAAUUACCGACUUGUUUGUGCGCACGGACCACCCAGAAAUUGUGCUCCACAGCCUUACGCUCUUUUAUCAGCUUUUGGAGGCCGGCGAAUUCGACCGGGAAUUGCUUCUUGUUCCGGUUGUUCUGAGGACUGUGCAAGAGUGGAGGCAAAAAUCGGACGACCUCCGCAUCGUUCAGCUCUCCGGGCUGCAGCAGGUGCAACUGACUAAGCGCUUUACACAGCAAGACCUGGAAAAAUUUGCCCGGUUCACGGGAGACUACAACCAUAUACACAGCCAAGACAUACCAGUGGAGGAGCGACGAGUGCACGGCGCCCUCCUCAACGCUGUUGUGGCUGGCAUAAUUGGAACAAAGUUGCCGGGACCAGGAACCGUAGUGCUGGAACAGAACUUCCGGUUCCUUAAACCUUGCCGCAUUGAAACGGACACCGUAGUGACGGUACGGCUGAUGAAAUCGCGCAAGAUAUCCACCGUAGAAUAUGACUGCCGGCAGAACGAUGAGGUCGUUUUUGCCGGAAACGCGAAGCUACUAACCCGCCUCCAAAAGCAGAUUUAACU